GCGGCAGGCGAGUUGAUUAUCAUCGUAUGCACAAUGAUUGGCACGCGGUGGACUUCGAAGUUCACGUGGUUGGGCGACUGAAAAAGCGGAAAUUUGCUAAAAUUCAACGAGCAUAAUGAGCCUCAACGACAACAACAACAACAAGAAAGGCAAACUGCUGAAGUUUGGUUGGCUGCGCACAGUUGGCGGUCCCUCGCCACGAAAGAUGAAGAAGAGUAACUCUGGAACACCCAGACCCACAGAGUGGGGUGACGAGGGCAGCCCUGACGGUGCCAGGAGUCUAGGUGGAGUGGCCAGCAUCAGGGUGACUAGCCCUGCAGCGGAUCCCCUCGGAGCACAGACCCACAGCCAGCGUGACGGGGGAACCGCUCUUCCCCCACCACCACCACCACCACCCAACACCACUCCAAAAUCGCUGCGGGGCUUCAGGAGGAAGAGUCGUAAAUUAUUGGAUUUGUUUAAGAAGGAUAAAGAAGACAACAACCCUGAGAUGGGACCAAGUAUGGCUGGCUCCUCGGUACCCACUGGAAGGUCAAAGGACUGCAACAACAUGCGUAGUCCCCGAGGUGGGGGACAUAAGAGGAAGGCCUCUGGACUUCCAAAACCCUCAGCUACACCUGUGACCAGUCUGGAGCCGCACCCUACUGCAGUGGCCACUGGGGGGCAGCAUUCAGCAGCGGGGAUAUCAGGGUCGCGCCCCGCCAGAGCCGAGGAGGGCCAGAGUAACCGCGGCCCUGUCCCUCUGUUAUUUAUUGAGGACGACGACUGGGGCGAACCGGAGGGAUGCAAAAAGACUGAGGUUCGUGGCGGUGACAACUCCCCCGAGUGGUCAGAUGCGGAGGACCAGGUCGAGAUCCGCGUUCUCUCACAGGAGGAUGACCACACUGAAACAGAGAAAAGCAAGGCAGAGGCACCAACAGUGGCAAGCACAGUGAAACAGUCAACCACCACUACGGCCGAUGUGUCCGUCUCUGAAUUUCUCAACUUUUGUCCACCACCAAACUACUUAUCGUACGCUCCUACCACCGCUUCACCUCAGCAGACUUGGUUUGGCCGCAUAGGAAGUCUUCCAACGCCAUCAACCCAGCAGCCACAGCGUGGAAACAAUACAUCACACAGCAACAACAACAACAACCAGUCAUGGACAGGAUAUCGUCAGACCUCUUCAACACCAUCACCCACCUGUCAGUCGUGGAUGGACGACGGUAGAAGCUCUUGGAAACCGUGGACAGGAAACGACGAGUUGACGAGUCCUUCAACACCUUCACUUGGACAAUCGAGGUUAGGGAGUAGUAGCGAUGGGACCCGUCUGGGGAACGGCUCCUCCUCCUCCUCUGCGCCCGCCUUGACCCCUUCUCUGAUGCCCUGGUGGACUUUCUGGGAACAGUACCCCAACAUGUGCUCCCCUUUUUCCCCAGACCCGUUUGCAUUACGUUCGACAACCCCUUCCCCAAACUCAACGCGACUCUAUCACUCCACCUUCUCAGACUUCAAUAACAGCAGCCGGGCGUCAUCAUCUGCGCCAACGGUGUCCUCCACGUGCUCUGCAGACCUCCUUGCUGCUGCCACUGCGCCAGUGAGGACGUCGUCAUCAGGGGUCUCGGAGUCCCUGGGCUUCAUCGACAGCCACUGCCACCUGGACAUGCUUUACGGGAAGCUGGGCUUCCACGGAACUUUCCAGAGCUUCCGUAGCCGCUAUGCCGGCAGCUUCCCGACGGACUUCCGCGGCUGCGUGGCCAACUUCUGCAACCCACGCCUGACGGAGGUGGAGGGGCUGUGGGAGGGGCUGCUGGCGGACGAGAUGGUGUGGGGGGCGUUCGGGUGCCACCCGCACUUCUCCAAGAGCUACAACUACAGGCACGAGCAGAUCAUCAUGCGCGGCCUGCGCCACCCCAAGGCCGUCGCUUUUGGAGAGAUCGGCCUCGACUACUCCCACAAGAACAACACGCAGUCCAGCAAACAGAAAGAGGUGUUUGAGAGGCAGCUCCAGUUGGCCGUCUCCAUGGGGAAGCCCCUGGUGAUCCACUGCCGGGACGCAGACGACCACCUGCUGGAGAUCAUGAAAAAGAACGUCCCCAAAGACUACAAAAUACACAGGCACUGCUUCACAAAUAAAUUCUCAGUGAUUGAGCCAUUUCUGUCAGAGUUUCCAAACCUGUGUGUGGGCUUCACGGGACUGGUGACGUAUUCCAGGGUGUCGGAGGUCCGUGACGCGGUGAGGAGAAUCCCUCUGGAUCGCAUUCUCAUGGAGACAGACGCUCCCUACUUCUUGCCAAGAUAUGUUAGCAAAAGCGUGUGUGGAUUCGCCCACCCGGGAAUGGGUAAGCACAUCUUAGAAGAGAUCAGCAUGCUGAAAGGUGAAUCUCUCGCCACCGUUUCGAAAACGGUCCGUGAGAAUACCACUAGAAUCUAUGGCUUGGACCUUUGAUGGCCGCAGACCGCUGUCUGCACCGGGAUCAACUGUUGUUACAAACAAAAAGACAGUGGUUCAUCAUUAAAAUUGACUUCAGAAGGAAAAUGAACCAUUUCUAAAUGUUAUGGUCAAUCUGUUGUCACUGCUGUGAUUUUAUUUUUUUAUUUUAUUAAACAGGAGAAAUUGA